AUUAAUGGCCCUGUGCUGUCCUGUCACACUAAUUCCAAUUGGCGCCAAAAUUAAAAGAAAUGCAAUUUAAUUUAAAAAUGAAUCCCAACGAACAAGAUCCCGAAUUCCCAAUCCCGCCCUCAAAUAAGGAACGGCAUACAAUUUUUUACGAUUUAUAAAAUAACACAAAUUUUAGUUAGUAAUAUAAGAAACCCAGAAUUGGAAAAAAGAAAAAGAAAAUUGACAAAAUCAAAAACUCCACUCUAAUAUUUCCCACACCAAACUUUCUCCGCCACCGCCACCAAAACCACCGUGCACGCCCAUUUUAACCCAUAAAGCAGGGUACUUUUCCAUGUUUCUCAUGUUCCAGAAAUGACCCGAACUCGGACCCGGCUCUUCCAGUCCCGGACUCCCGAACCUGACAACACCACAACAUCAACCACCACUUCCACUGGUGGAGGGACAGCCAUGCGAAUAAUAGUACCAUUACAAGGAGUAGUUCAAGGCAGAGGUGGCCUUUUUUUAGGUUCAGUUAUACCAUGUGCUCUUUUCUACUUUCUCCAGCUUUAUUUAAAACGGUUUCGUACCGACGACGAACAACCCGACUCGUCGUCAGAUGAUCCGAACUCUCAUACUCAAACAGCACCGUCGUUGUCUGGUUCGGAAGGGCAGUUGAUGGAGCUUUCUGGGUUUCAUCGGUCUUCUUCUCGGAACCAUAUUUCGCCUAGAAGUCCAAGUCGACCCCCUUAUAUAUCGAGUCGGGCUAAUGGGAUAGUGAAGAGUGGUGACUGGGUAUAUUCUGUUGGAUUGAGGAAAGUGGUGGAAGAUCCGUAUGAUGAGUUCGGUAACCCGAAUGGAGUUAUUCAAGUUGGUUUAGCUGAGAACAAGUUAAAUCUGGAUUUGGUGGAGGAGUGGCUAGUUGAGAAUGCAAGAGGAGCAAUACUGGGUGGUGGUGCAGGUGAGGAGUUGAGUAUUACUGGGAUUGCUAAUUACCAGCCUUGCGACGGAUUAAUGAAGUUGAAAGUGGCUGUGGCAGAUUUUAUGUCUCAAAUCAUGGAAAAGGAAGUUCCCUUCGACCCCUCACAAAUAGUGUUGACAGCAGGUGAAACUCCUGCAAUUGAGAUGCUUAGCUUCUGUUUAGCAGAUGCUGGAAAUGCAUUUCUUGUUCCAACACCGUAUUGCCCAGGAUUUGAUAGGGAUGUAAAAUGGCGGACAGGGGUGGAUAUAAUACCUGUUCCUUGUCGUAGUGCUGACAACUUCAAUUUAAGUAUAACAGCGCUUGAUCGAGCAUUCAACCAGGCAAAGAAACGCGGUCUCAAAGUUCGAGGGAUAAUUUUUUCAAACCCGUCACAUCCUGUAGGUAAUCUGCUUAAUCGGGAAGCACUUUAUAGCCUGCUGGAUUUUGCCAGGGAAAAGAACAUACACAUCGUUUGUAAUGAAAUAUUUGCUGGCUCCACUUAUGGAAAUGAAGAGUUUGUGAGCAUGGCAGAACUCAUUGAUUUAGAAGAUUCAGACCGGGACAGAGUGCAUAUAGUAUAUGCUCUAUCAAAAGAUCUGUCUCUGCCAGGUUUUAAAGUGGGUGUUAUCUUCUCCUCCAAUGAGAAUGUGGUAGCUGCUGCGAAAAAGCUGACAAGGUUCUCAUCCAUUUCAGCUCCAACCCAGCGUCUGCUUAUCUCUAUGCUUUCAGAUAUUAAAUUUGUUCGAGAUAUCAUUCAGACUAACAGGAAUAGAUUGCAAAAGAUGUAUGUUGCGUUUGCAGCAGGACUGAAGCAAUUGGGCAUUAAAUGCAUAAAAAGCAAUGGGGGUUUCUACUGUUGGGCUGACAUGAGUGAGUUAAUCAGCUCUUACAGUGAGAAAGGCGAGCUUGAGCUCUGGGACAAAUUGUUGAAUUCAGCUAAGCUCAAUGCAACUCCUGGAUCUUCUUGUCAUUGUAUUGAACCUGGAUGGUUUGGAUUCUGUUUUACUACCUUGACUGAAAGAGACAUUCCUGUAGUUAUGGAUCGGAUUCGGAAAAUUGCUGAAACAUGUAAAUCUCUCAGUUGAAAUGUGCAGGCCAUUCGAAAAUGUUAGAUCGCAUACAGCAAAUUUUUGUUAGCAGUAGUUUGCAGUUGUUUGUUUAAUAAUGGUUUUGGAGUAGCAGUAUAUAGAAAGAAGGUUCAUCUACUUUGUUAUUUUGUAAAUCACUGAUGCCAAAAGUAGGCAUAUCACCUUUUCCUUUUUGUUUUGAACAAGUCGUUCAAUAUAUCAUAUCAGACAUUUGCAAAAUAUUGGGAAAUUAUUUAUGAAUUCUUUUACUAUUACUGUCCUAA